GAACCACAAUUUGAUGUCAUAAACAAAUUCGAGAAAAUUCGUUUCACCGUCUAGUUUUAGCAGCUGCACUAUACUUUCGUUUUGUAACUUUAAAACCCUACAAAUAGCUGGCAGUUAUUUAACUUUUCAUCGUUAAUGAUGUUUGGAAGCUCUAUCUUUCGAGACGAUCCAUUCUUUAGCAACAAUGACAUUAUGUCCGACUUUCACAAUAUGGACAGAAUGAUGUCAGAGUUUCGUUCUUCAUUCGGUAUGCCUCAGAUGAUGAUUGGCGGUAGUAGACUCCCUAAUCGCAGGUCUAACGAACUAACACCUUUUGGUGGAAACAUGUUUUCUGGAAACAUGUUUGGAAAUAUGCAGACAAUGAUGUCUGAAAUGUCAAACAAUCCUUCUGCCCAUUCAUUCUCUUCGUCUCGAGUUAUUUCAUAUUCAAGUAAUGGAAAUGGAGAACCUAAAUACUACGAAGCUGCAUCAGAAACUACGCAAGGACCAAAUGGAGUGAGACAAACCCGACGCAGUGAGAGAAACUCUCAAACUGGUUUGAAUAAAUUGGCUAUUGGGCACCACAUAUAUGAUCGUGGCCAUGUUGUUGAGAGGAGCGUUAAUCGAAGAACAAACGAAAGAGAAGAAAAACACGAUUAUCUCAACAUGGAUGAAGAUGAGAAAGAUAGUUUUCAUCAAGAGUGGAGAAGCAAGGCCCGUUCGACCAUGCAUCAAGCAGGGGCAGACAGAAUUCAUCAUAAUCGACGUGAACCGAGAGCUUUAAAUAGUUCAGAAUACCACCGACAAAAUCUGGAACGAUCAAGACGACACAGGGAGCGACAAAAUCACGACGAAAAUCCCCGCCACUCGGAUGUUCGUUUUAACAGCCAUCUUGAUGAAAUAUAACUUCAGACGACAUUUUGAAGUUUUCUUGUGUGAAUUAAGUAUUGUGAAAAGAAUGAAAUUUAUUUAUUAAAACAUUUUUUGAGUAAAAAGAUAUAUGUCUAGUGUAGCGAAGUUGUUAUGUUUUGAACAUUUCCGGUGUAUGCAAUACAGAGCUUUGGUUUGUAUAGUAUGUUAUAUGAUAUAUCUUAUAGUUUGCUGUGCUAUGCUAUAUGCUAUGCUAUGCUAUGAUAUAUAAUAUAAAAUAUUAUAUACAACGCGAUAGGUAACUUAUAUGUUAAAGCUUUUAAGUAUUUUUUGAAAGUAAAGUUUCUGUUUUUUAAUUUUUGUUCACAGCUGUAUUUAACCAAGUCCUAUGCAUAACAAUUAGUUUUCAAAUCACUGUUAAUUGCGAAAUAUUAGUACGGUUACCCGCAAAACUUAUUACAACCAACCGACAUUUUUUUUUAUGUAUUUAGCAUGCUACAACAUCAGAUUGUAUGGUUUACAGAAUUCGUUCUGUGCAAAUAUCUUCUUGUGUUGUUCCGUUUUCGUAAGACAAGUGUCAAUUUCGUGUACAUUUUUUUUGCCAAAGUGGACUUCUUAUGCUGGUUUUUUAUAGAGCAUUUACCUAGAUUUAUGUAUAUACACGUGUGAUGAUCGACUGUUAAGCAAACUUGUUUUCUUGGUUAA